CAGAAAUUCGAACACUAUCAAUAUGUGUCAACGUUUUGCUUUGGCGAAAUUAAACUUGACACUGCAAACGACAUGUCAUGUAUGAACGAUUUUUAUCGACUGGCAUUGUUUGCAAAGACAGAGAUGGAUACCAGCUAUUUGAACGCCGUGAUUUGUUUUCAAACCAUCGGUUUGUCAACCACAUUUUAUAUCAUGACAAGGAAACCAAACAUGUUGGUCUUUGUCGAAUUAGUUACGAUUAUAUUGCCAUCCAACAAGCCAAGCAUCAUGUCCAUUUUGGGAUACCUCGAUGAUCUUUAUUCUCUUGCGACUCUUCAUAUGUCAUUGGAAAGGACCCGUCAAGUUCCUUUGAAAUACCCCACCUUACCAUUCGAUUACGUCCAAUCCAAUAUCAAAACGUUGCUGCGAAAACGACGUAUGUCUCAUGGUGCCAUUGCAUCAACGUCAAAACACUAA